AUAAAGAAUCUUAUAAUUUUGCUUGGUUUCAUUUGUUUUCUUGUGUAUGGCUUUUAUUAAAUAUAUAUAAUCUUGCUAGCUAGCUAUUAGCUAUAGCAGCUUUCACUCAGACCUUUAGUUUUCUUGAACAAGAUAGGGAACUAUUAAUUAUUACUCUUUGCUUUUCCUCUUUCUUACAUCUAUAAUUCUUCUUUUACCUUUUGUCAUCUCUAGGGUUUCAGACAAAGCAGCCAAAAAUAUAUAUAUAAACAACAAACUACAUCUCUUACACUACUACUACCCUUUUAUUUUUAUUUUUAUUUUUUAUUUUUUUUCAAGUUUAUGAGAGAAUGAUAAAGGGUAUGCUAGGAGAUGAUAGUAUGUCAAAUUUAACAAGUGCAUCUAAUGAAGCAAGCAUAUCUUCAACCAAUAAUAGAAUUGAAAUUGGUAGUGUUCUCUACCCACAACUACAAAACAUUCAAACCCAACCACCUCCUAACAAGAAGAAGAGAAAUCUACCAGGAAAUCCAGAUCCAGAAGCAGAAGUUGUAGCAUUAUCUCCAAGAAGUCUAUUGGCAACAAAUAGAUUUGUAUGUGAGAUCUGUAACAAAGGAUUUCAAAGAGAUCAAAAUCUUCAACUACAUAGAAGAGGACAUAAUUUGCCAUGGAAAUUAAAGCAAAGAACAAAUAAAGAGGUGAAGAAGAAAGUAUAUGUGUGUCCAGAACCAUCAUGUGUACAUCAUCAUCCAUCAAGAGCAUUAGGGGAUCUCACUGGGAUUAAGAAGCAUUUUUGUAGAAAACAUGGUGAGAAAAAAUGGAAAUGUGAAAAAUGUUCAAAACGUUAUGCAGUUCAAUCUGAUUGGAAAGCUCACUCUAAGAUUUGUGGUACAAGAGAGUAUAGAUGUGAUUGUGGAACCCUUUUCUCUAGGAGAGAUAGUUUCAUUACACACAGAGCCUUUUGUGAUGCUUUAACAGAAGAAAGUUCAAGAACAAUAAUCCCACCACCAAACUCUUCAACUUCUCAUCACCUUAAUCUCCAUACACUUCAAAACUUCCAAAUGAAACAAGAACAACAACAAAGUAACGAUCUCUCUUCUCAGUUAUUCAUUCAAAACCCUAAUAGCAAUAGCAAUAGCAGUAAUAACAUAUUCGGUGCACCACCUCCUCACAUGAGCGCAACUGCAUUGCUACAAAAAGCAGCACAAAUUGGAGUAACUUCUUCUUCUCAUGCUGCUAAUAACAUGAGCGCGAACACAUUUUUCAGUCCUACUACUAGUACAACAACUGCCAUGGCAAUGUCAGGAUCAGGAGCAGGAAGAGGAGGUGGUGGUGAUAUAGCGUCAUGUGAAUAUCAUCCGUUUGAAAAUAAUAAUAAUAAUAAUAAUAAUACUGAUUUUGUUACUGCUGGUAGUACGUCUUUUCAUGAUUUUGGUGCGAGUGUCACCCCUGGGUUCAUGGAACAAGUCCAUGACAUGCAAAACAUGAUGGCUACUACUGCGCCUUCUUUGCCAUGUACUAGUUUUGAUGAAGGAUUUGGUCGCGGCGCACAUUUGAUGAGACAAGGUAAAGAAAAUAAUGAAGGGUUGACAAGAGAUUUUUUGGGUCUUAGAGCAUUUCCACAUCACAGGGAUUUUCUCAAUACUACUACUACACCUGCUGCUCUUCAUUACAUGGGUUCUUCUUCUUCUGAUGCUCUUGCUUCAUUUGAUCAACAUCAUCAUCAUCAGAAUCAAAAUCAAUCACCCUGGCAAAAUUAGUUGUACUAUGAUUUCUGAAUUUUAUUUAGACAACAAUAUAUACUUAGUAUUAUAUUUUGUUGUUGUUUUGUGUCACUAUUAUAAAGUCCUUUGGAAGGGAGCUAAGCACCCCUCUUAACUUGCUUUUUAUCUAUAUAUAUAUUCAUCUUUUCAGGUUCAGUU